AUGGAACCGAGAGCACGCAUUGGACGCAAUCGAGGACAGCAGAGCUUCUCAGAUCAAGAGCUCCAGCAUUUCUUAUACGCCCAUGGCGACGUACCUCACUCGCUUGAUACAACAAAACGCGUCCUUGACGAGCUCCUCACCGACUUCAUCACCGAGCUCUGCUUCGAAGCGCACCGCUCCGCCCAGCUCGCCGGCCGCCAAAAGAUUAAGAUCGACGAUGUCCGAUUUGCCUGCCGCAAGAACCCGCUCUACCUAGGCAAGAUCCAAGAGAUGCAGGAGAAGAAAGAUGAAAUCGACAGGGCGAGGAAGACGUUAGAUGUCAACGACGACAAGAUCACGAAGUCCAAUGUCAAGGCUCUGGAAGAGGAACCUCUGGGCGACGCCGACGAUGAUAUGGAUAUGGAUACUCGGACUAUUGGAGGCAAGAGUAGUGUUGGUGGCAGAUGA